GUUGCAGGAGGACAAGACUCAAGAUAACCCCCAGCGUGAUGAUCCAAGCGCUGACGGCCACCACCUCCGUCAGCCCGCGUCAGCCACCGGACGUCAGUCACUCAAACACAAGGAUCAAUUCAGUAUUGAUUUUGGCGUGUGGUAAGUGGCAUUGAGGGGCGACGGUGGACUAGCUGGUAAGGAGACAAGGCAGAGAGCGUGAAGUACCGGAGAAGCAGGCUUGUUAACUAUCACACGGGAUUCCUUUACCAUCCAGCAUCAUGACUCGGUGGAAGGUACACCCCUUGGAGAUGUGUGGGGGGAAACACACCAACGGCACACUGGAGUACCACGAGUGUAUAUGCAACUUUGACUUCAAACGGCAGAAACAUUACCUACAAACCCUGAAGUACAAACACUGUCUGCUGGCAGAUGAGAUGAGAAAAAUUGAAAACUUUGAACUGUAUGUUAUAAUUGCUGUUGUUGUUGGUGUAGUGUUAAUAUUUGGUGUUGCUGCUUUUUGUUCAUGCAAAUGGUACUUUCAGACCAAUGAUAAUCCAUGUGGGUGUUUGUCUUGUGGAAAAAAGAAAAAGAAAAAGAAAAGUGAGAACACAAGUAUUGAAGGUGAACCUCCACCUAAUAUUGCUCAAGAAAAUGGGCGCCAGGCGUGGACACCAAUACGUGUGGUGCCUUAUAAAGACAGUUUAGACGGUACUCUAGACUCACGUUGUGAAACGCUAGACACAGUGAGUAAUGAGAGUCCAGGAUUUUGUAUGAAUUUUUGUUUAAGUGACCCAGUUCAAGACUGUUGCGAGUUCUUUGACUGCGAUAUAAUGUGGCGAAAGAAAAAUAUAUACACAAUUCCAAUGUUUGGUCGACGUAAGCAACCUCCCCUGCAGAGGAGGCCGACCCGCCCAGCACCGCCUCCUCCUAAACCAUCGGUGUCAGUUCCCCCGAUGAUGAAAUACCCAGAACCUAUGCACAUUGGUUAUGACGACGAUGUUGAGUGUGAACCCGUGCCAGAAGCCCCUCCAUCACCAGAGCCCGUACGUGUUGAACAACCAAGAGCCAUGUAUGUGGAUCCUCUGGCCUUCUUACAGAGACCCUUCUUAAAGUCUACCAAAGAAAAGUCUGUUGAGGAGGAACCAGAGGCCCUGUACAGUAAAAUGAAAGGAUUUGUUUUUGGAAAGGCUAAGAAGAGCUCCAGCAUAGUUUCCCUUAAUAAACUGGGGGUCUCACCCAAUCCAGAUACAGUGAGUAACACUUCUAGUAAGAAAAGUAAAUACAGCCGGACUGGUAGUCUGGCGUCGCUACACAACCUCAGCGAUGAGCAGCUUGAUGCCAGCUAUCACAACAAGAGAUCCAUGAGUCUGGCUUCACUACACAUGGUGGAGGAAGAACCUACCAAGAGAAUGGCACCAAAAGCUCUGGGAAACAAGUUGCUGAUGGCCAGAAGUAGAGGUUCAUUGCACAAUAUAUGUGAAGAUGAUAUACCCCCCUCUAUGAGAACUGACGAAUAUAUUGACCUAGAGGAAAUGUCCAAGCGCAUAGAAGCAAAGAUGCAAGCUGCAAAUGAUGGGACUUUAGGGAAAAACAGUCCUAGACCUCCAGCAUACAGUGAUGGUAGUGGUGUCCCAGAUCCUUCCAGCCAUUCUGUUGUUGGAUCAGGUUCAUGGACACCAAAUUUUGUUCCUGCCUCUGUAUAUGGUAGUCCACAAAUGACAACUGAUGGAGCACCACUGCCGUAUCCUCUAAGUCUGCACCAGAUGUCUUCCCCUGGACACCAGCACAGGGCACCAUUAGGGUUUGAGUCCCCUUACGGAUCGUCAUCAUCCUUCAGGUCUGGUGAAGAAAGUGCAAACUCAAAAUACUUCCCUCCGGUACCCGCGACACCAGAGAGACCAGCAGUGCCGGCAAGGAUAGCUAUUGGCUCACCCGUCGUCAACAGCGGCACUCUGGGUCGACCUAAACCUGCCGUUCCGCCAAGACCUCCAGGCAGUGGAAGUAAUUCUCCCAAACCUCGUGCCCCACAGCCGCCGACCCUCGGGAGAUCGAGUCACAUUGUAAAGCCCUCGGCGCCACCACCACCACCCCCAGUUACUACACCAAUAGAGUCCUCACUGUGAAAAACACAUCUUGGGGUGGGUGGGUGGGUGGGUGGGUGGUCAUACUAGUAGAUAAUUAGAGUUACAAGUGAUGAAGGUGAAUAUGAAUUUACUGUUUUUAUAUAAUUUACUUGUACACAUUAGUCAUGUUGACUCGCUGCUCAAAAAAUUUCUCUGCCGCCAUAAGCAACCAUGGGGAGGAAUAGUAUUGAUUAACUACAUACAUGUCUUUCAUAUGUCCCUUGUGACACUCGGCUAGAUUCCUAUAGUUCUAUAGUUUGUUUAUCAUUACGUACGAACGGUAAGCCAUUAUGCAUAGCCACUGGAGAUGACAAUCAUACGAUAAUGUUGUGACGAUGAUUCACGAACAACAUAUUUAUCCAGACCAAAGUGUAGAAUAGAAAUAAUUUGUGUACAGUUAUCCUGAACAUAUCAUUGUAAUUAACCAGAAUAUAUCUAUAAUUAAUCAAGUUAGAUUUGAAUUAAUUGGCAAAACAGACUCCCUGCAGUAGGUAUUGCAGGGUAGAAUACAAGAAAAAAAAUACCUGAUCAUACAUUUUAUGACCAUUUCAUUUAACCGAACAUAAUUUUUCUAUGAACAGGUGGAUGGAUACCUGCUUGCUGCUUGGUACAGACAGACCACUGGCUGGUUAUCUCAUGCAUUAGAUGUCUUUCAUAGAUAUUGACUAAUAACUUCUCUUAAUACAUAUUUAUUGAUGAAAUAUUGUACUGACUGAAAAACAUCUUUUCUCCACUAUUUUGUUCUAUUUUAUCUGUAUUAUUUAUUGAUGUAAUAUUGCACUUACUGAAAAUCAUAUACACCCCUGUACUUUUCUUCACUAUGUUUUACUAUUUGGUCUCGUUAGGACAAUGCCUACUGCACUCUUACUGUGACAGAGAGAAAACCUCGUUUAAAUCAGUCUCGAUAAACUUCUACUGUACUUACCAGCAUCACUUGUUCAAUUUGUCAGCUCGUCUCUGAUACUGUCAGUUUUAUAAGUACCCGGUAACUACAAUACAUCUCGCUCAAACCUGAUUGACGAUGCCUCACUUCAUGCGGUACAGUACACAGAUCCACACCACAAGUUUACACAUCCAUAUUAACACAGGAACUCUCACUUGCCAUGUCUGAUCUGCAGAGUUACAGGCACAUUGUUCUCGAGAGUCUUCUUCAGCUUUCCAUCUCGUUGUAUUAUUUCAACACUUCUGCAAACUCUGAUGUAUUUCAGGUACCUACUUGAGCAGUCUCCAUAUCACCCAUUUCUUCACAGCCCUUAGUUGGAAAUUUUAUCCAUAAACAGUACUGUACUUUACAUCAUAUCUUGCAUAAAUAUGAGCAUUUUUCACCUAUAAUGAGAGAAUGUUCACUAUUGUGCCUUAUUGGUCCAGUAUACCAUAGUACUUAAUAUAUUUGCUAUGUUUAGUUCAUAUGACAACACUCAUCUAUUUUGUUUCAUUAACUUGUGAUUCUUAACAGAGCUGUAAUCCUUUACAGAUCACCAGCCAUGAUGGCCACAUGAUUCUGAAAUCGAUAACUUUCCCCAUUUUGUAAUCAAGAAUUUUCUUUCUACAUUAGUGAUGUACUGGAUGACAAGGUGAUGUACUACAUUACCAUGUUAAGACCUAACUAAUACUUGAGGUUAAUCACAAUGUUUGAUAGUUUUAAACUGUGCUCAGAUCUACAGUAUUUAUAGAAUGUGUUCAUACUGGCAGUGGUGACUCAUGUGUAGUGUAUAUUUAAUAGUCAUGCAUGCCAUUUAUUCCUGACUAGAAAUAUGAGACAAGUUUUGAGUAUAAGCUGCUAUAUACAGUAUCAGGUGACUCCAGACUCAAUUAUAUGAUUUAUUUAUUGUUUUAAGAUAUGGCAGCAUUAAUGAUUUGCUGUAAAAAAAAUGGGACUUGUCAAUGGACUUUUAUACUGUAUUACUGUACAGUACAAAUUUCAUGACAACAGAUUUGUUAAUGCUUGGUAUUAUUUGUUUCGGUUUGCUUUAUGGUUGGUACAAAACAAAGAAAUAAUGAAAAGGCUUCAUUUGAAAAAAAAUUUCACCUUUGACCUUUUAUGAUAGUUAUUUAAAAUUUUCUAACAUCCUCUCUGAAGUGCUAAUGCCUUGAAAUCAUU